CAUGAUGUUAUCGGUGUUAUGAUAAAAAUUUGUUAAAUUUCGUUUUUCGGUUGUUUCGGUGUCUUUUUUCCCGUAAAUUAUGUUUGUUGGUAGUUAUUUUACAAACUAUAGAUUUAAUCGAAAAAUUCUACAAUUAUCAUCUUCAUUAGUAAAACAACGUAAUCAUUUUAGUAUGGAUUCGAAUAAUAAUAAAAAAACAAAAAUUGCUGUCAUACAAUUAACAUCGAAACAGAAUAAAGAUGAAAAUUAUCAAAUUGCAGAAAAAUUAAUUAAAUCGGCCCGAGAUGAUGGUGCACGUAUGGCUUUUCUACCCGAAUGUUUUGAUAUGAUUUGUCCAAGUAAAAAAUUAACAAUGGAAAAUGGUGAACCAAUUAAUGGACCAACAGUUCAACGAUAUCAAAAUUUAGCAAAAAAUUUAAAUAUUUGGUUAUCGUUAGGUGGUUUACAUGAAAAAGUUGUUCCCGAAUCGGAUGAUGAUAAACGUUUGUUCAAUGCACAUAUUAUUGUCGAUCAAGAUGGUCAAAUUGUUUCGAUUUAUCGUAAAGUUCAUCUAUUUAAUCUGGAUAUUCCAGGCACCAGACUUGUUGAAUCAGAAUUUUCUCGACCUGGAAAUGCAGUUAUCAAACCACCACAAACACCUUGUGGUCGACUUGGAAUGGGUAUCUGUUAUGAUGUUCGUUUUCCUGAAUUUGCCAUUUCUUUGGCUAAAUCUGGUGCCGAUAUUCUAAGUUAUCCAUCAUCAUUUACAAUACCAACCGGUAAAGCACAUUGGGAAAUAUUACUUAGAUCACGUGCAAUUGAAACACAAUGUUAUGUUGUUGCUGCCGCUCAAGUUGGUGCUCAUAAUGAAAAACGAAAAUCAUAUGGUCAUGCUAUGAUUAUUGAUCCUUGGGGUAAAAUUUUAACCGAAAUCAAUGAUGAAAAACCUGGUUAUGCUGUGGCUGAAAUUGAUUUUGAUUAUUUGAAAGAAAUUCGUCAACGUUUACCUGUUUGGAGUGAUCGAAAACCAGAACUAUAUGGUUAUAUUCGUCCAACUUAUAGCGAAUCAAUGAAUGAUUUGGUAACAAAAUCCGAACAACAACAACAACAAUCUCAUCUUGAUUUGGAAGAUUUUCGUUUUGGACCAGAUGCAAUCGUGAAAACUUAUCAAAUAUUUGCAAAAACAUUUUAUUCAAUUGCAUUUAUUAAUCAUCGACCAGUAUUACCUGGUCAUGUUUUAGUAUCACCAUUACGACCGGAUUCAAAACGUUUAUCCGAACUAAAUAAUGAUGAAUUAUUUGAUCUAUUUCGAUUAGUACAAAAAGUACAGAAAGCAAUCGAACUGAUCUAUAAUGCUGAAGCAUCAACCGUUGCCAUACAAGAUGGUAAAGAUGCUGGACAAUCGGUACAACAUUUACAUGUUCAUGUUAUACCGAGAAAACAAACAGAUUUUGGUGGUAAUAUUGAUCAAAUUUAUCAACAUUUACAACAACAUGAUAAACAGGAUAAUCCAUUAAAUUUAUGUUUAUUGACCAACGAUGAAAUGAAAAAACAAUGUAACAUCUUGAGAAAUUAUUUCUAAAACAAAAAAAAAAUAUUAAAAACACUUUUUUU